GCCCGCCGGGAGCGCCGCGCCGGGUCGGGCCUGCGCCGCCGCCGCCGCCGCCGCGCCGACCAUGUCGACGGCCAAGGAGAACCCGUGCAGGAAAUUCCAGGCCAACAUCUUUAACAAGAGCAAGUGUCAGAACUGCUUCAAGCCCCGCGAGUCGCAUCUGCUCAACGACGAGGACCUGACGCAGGCAAAACCCAUUUAUGGUGGCUGGCUGCUCCUGGCUCCAGAUGGGACCGACUUUGACAACCCAGUGCACCGGUCUCGGAAAUGGCAGCGACGGUUCUUCAUCCUUUACGAGCAUGGCCUCUUACGCUACGCCCUGGAUGAGAUGCCCACAACCCUCCCUCAGGGCACUAUCAACAUGAACCAGUGCACGGAUGUGGUGGAUGGUGAAGGCCGCACGGGCCAGAAGUUCUCCCUGUGCAUUCUGACACCUGAGAAGGAGCAUUUCAUCCGGGCAGAAACCAAGGAGAUCAUCAGCGGGUGGCUGGAGAUGCUCAUGGUCUACCCCAGGACUAACAAGCAGAACCAGAAGAAGAAACGGAAAGUGGAGCCCCCCACACCACAGGAGCCUGGGCCUGCCAAGGUGGCUGUCACCAGCAGCAGCAGCAUCCCCAGUGCUGAAAAAGUCCCCACCACAAAGUCCACACUCUGGCAGGAAGAAAUGAGAGCUAAGGACCAGCCAGAUGGGAACAGCCUGAGUCCAGCUCAGAGUCCCAGCCAGAGCCAGCCUCCUGCUGCCAGCAACCUGCGGGAACCUGGGCUGGAGAGCAAAGAAGAGGAGAGCACCAUGAGUAGCGACCGCAUGGACUGUGGCCGCAAAGUCCGAGUGGAGAGUGGCUACUUCUCCCUGGAGAAAACCAAGCAGGACUUGAAGGCCGAGGAGCAGCAGCUGCCCCCACCGCUCUCCCCUCCCAGCCCCAGCACCCCCAACAACAGGUAUAGUUGCCCCGAAUCACCCUCGCAGGAACUCGGCUGUCCCCUUCCUUCCCCAGGUCCUCGGCCCUCCAGCCGAAUGGUCUGCAGCAUCUCCAUCAGCUCCUUGGACAUGGCUGGCCGGCCCCCCGCCCACAUCGACUCCGGCAGCGCUGGGGGGCGGGGGACAGAGAGACUGGGGAGCACCUUUGCCUUUAAAGCCAGCAGGCAGUAUGCUGCCCUGGCCGACGUCCCUAAGGCCAUCAGGAUCAGCCACCGAGAAGCCUUCCAGGUGGAGAGAAGGCGGCUGGAGCAUAGGACCCGGGCCCGGAGCCCUGGCAGGGAAGAGGUGGCCCGUCUAUUUGGCAACGAGCGGAGGAGGUCCCAGGUAAUUGAGAAAUUCGAGGCUUUGGACAUUGAGAAGGCAGAGCACAUGGAGACCAAUGCAUCAGCUGGGCCCUCUUCAUCAAGUGACACUCGCCAGGGCCGCAGUGAAAAGAGGGCCUUCCCCAGGAAGCGGGACUUCAACAGUGAAGCCCCCACAGCUCCUCUCUCGGAUACCUCGGCUUCCCCCCUUUCUCCACACCGAAGAGCCAAGUCACUGGACAGGAGGUCCACGGAGUCCUCCAUGACGCCCGACCUGCUGAAUUUCAAGAAAGGUUGGCUGACCAAACAGUACGAGGACGGUCAGUGGAAGAAACACUGGUUUGUCCUGGCUGAUCAAAGCCUGAGAUACUACAGGGAUUCUGUGGCUGAGGAGGCAGCUGACUUGGAUGGGGAAAUUGACUUGUCUACAUGUUAUGACGUCACAGAGUAUCCAGUCCAGAGAAAUUAUGGCUUCCAGAUACAUACAAAGGAGGGCAAGUUCACCCUGUCAGCCAUGACAUCCGGGAUCCGGAGGAACUGGAUCCAGACCAUCAUGAAGCAUGUGCAUCCAACCACUGCCCCAGACGUGACCAGUUCACUGCCAGAGGAAAAGAGCAAGAGCAGCUCCUCUUUUGAGACCUGCCCCAAGCCGAGUGAGAAGCAAGAGACCGAGCUGGGAGAGCCAGACCCUGAGCAGAAGAGGAGCCGCGCUCGGGAGCGGAGGCGGGAAGGCCGCUCCAAGACCUUUGACUGGGCCGAGUUCCGCCCCAUCCAGCAGGCCCUGGCUCAGGAGAGGGCCAGCACCACGGGGCCCACAGAUGCCCACGAGCCUGGGCACCCUGAGUCAGAGCUGGGCGAGCUGGAGCGGGAGCGCACACGGCGGCGGGAAGAGCGCCGCAAGCGCUUCGGGGUGCUCGACACCGUGGAUGGGAUGGGCUCCGAUGACGCAGCCCUACGCAUGGAGGUCGAUCGGAGCCCAGGACUGCCUGUGACCUCUGACCUCAAGACGCAGAAUGUCCAUGUGGAGAUUGAGCAGCGGUGGCACCAGGUGGAGACCACCCCUCUCCGGGAAGAAAAGCAGGUGCCCAUUGCCCCCCUUCACCUGUCAUCCUCUGAGGACGGAAGUGACCGGCUCUCCACACACGAGCUAACCUCUCUGCUGGAGAAGGAGCUGGAACAGAGCCAGAAGGAGGCCUCAGACCUUCUGGAGCAGAACAGGCUCCUGCAGGACCAGCUGAGGGUGGCCCUGGGCCGAGAACAGAGUGCCCGGGAAGGCUAUGUGCUACAGACUGAAGUGGCCACCUCCCCAUCGGGUGCCUGGCAGAGGCUCCAUAGAGUCAACCAGGAUCUCCAAGUUGAGCUCGAAGCCCAGUGCCAGCGCCAGGAGCUCAUCACGCAGCAGAUUCAGACCCUGAAACGUAGCUAUGGGGAGGCCAAGGAUGCGAUCCGGCACCACGAGGCCGAGAUCCGGAGCCUCCAGGCUCGGCUCAGCAAUGCUGCCGCUGAGCUGGUCAUCAAGGAGCAGGCUCUGACCAAGCUCAAGGGCGACCUAAAGCUGGAGCAGGGCAGGGUCCGCGAGCAGCUGGAGGAGCGGCAGCACAGCGAGGCUGCACUGAGUGGCCAGCUGCGGGCCAGUGAACAGAAGCUCAAGAGCGCUGAGGCCCUGCUGCUAGAGAAGACACAGGAGCUGCGGGACCUGGAGAUGCAGCAGGCGCUGCAGCGGGACCGGCAGAAGGAGGUGCAGAGGCUGCAGGAGCGCAUUGCCAACCUCAGCCAGCAGCUGGGUGCCAGUGAGCAGGCUCAGCGGCUGAUGGAGGAGAAGCUACAGAGAAACUACGAGCUGCUGUUGGAGAGCUGUGAGAAGGAGAAGCAGGCACUGCUACAGAACCUAAAGGAGGUGGAGGACAAGGCCAGCGCCUACGAGGACCAGCUACAGGGCCAUGCACAGCAGGUGGAGGCCCUCCAGAAAGAGAAGCUGAGCGCCAAGUUUGAGGGCAGUGAGCAGGUGCACCAGCUGGAAGAGCAGCUGGAGGCAAGGGAGGCCAGCCUCCGUAAGCUCGCCGAGCAUGUGCAGAGCCUCCGAGAUGAGCGGGACCUCAUCAGGAAGCGAUUCCAGGAGCUGACAGAGCGCGUGGCUGCAUCUGACAUGGACGCGGUUGAGCUCCAGGAAAAGCUGAGAGGAAGAGAGGCUGACUACCAGAGCCUGGAGCACUCCUACCGGAGUGUCUCCAGCCAGCUCCAGAGCAUGCACGCUCUGCUAAAAGAGAAGGAAGAAGAGCUGAAGCACAUCAAGGAGGUGCACAAGAAAGUUCUGGAAAAGAAAGAUCAGGACCUCAAUGAGGCUUUGGUUAAAAUGGUUGCCUUAGGGAGCAGCUUAGAGGAAACGGAAAUUAAACUCCAGGCAAAGGAAGAGAUUUUAAGGAAAUUUGCAAAUGAGUCUCCCAAAGGUGCAGAAGAGUUACCAAGCACCCUGGAAGAAACAGAAGAGGAUGGCAUUUCGCUCUUAGGCCAACAGCUCCAAGCCUCUGGGACACCCCUGGGCUUCCCCCACACAAAGCUCGAAGACGAAGACCCAGGGAUAGCCUCAGAGGAGCAGGGUGGUGACAGCAGCCCCAGUAGAGAAGAGAACAUGUUGUCCCCUAAGUCAGCAGAAGUAUCUGAUAGAGAGGGGCACCCACAGAGCACAGCCAAGCCUGACCAGGGAGUGCCUGGUGUUAAAAGGCAAAGAAUCCGGUUCUCCACGAUCCAGUGCCAGAGAUACAUCCACCCUGAAGGGUCUGAGAAGACCUGGACCAGCAGCACAUCUUCAGACACCAGCCAGGACAGGUCACCCUCGGAGGAAAGCAUGUCCUCAGAGGCUGCUGCCAGCACACUGCCCACAGCUGGUGACUCUGAGAUGUACCUCUCCAUCAUCCACUCCCUGGAGACCAAGCUCUACAUCACGGAGGAGAAGCUCAAGGAUGUGACUGUGAAGCUGGAGAGCCAGCAGGGCCAGAGCCAUGAGGCGCUGAUUGCACUGCACCACCAGUGGGCCGGCACCGAGGCACAGCUCCGCGAGCAGCUCCGUGCCAGCCUGCUCCAGGUGGGUGGGCUGGCCGCCCAGCUGGAGCAAGAGAGACAGGAGAGGGCCAGGAGCGUCCAAAACCAUGUUGGGGAGCUUGGAGACUUCCAGGUGAAAAACAGUCAGGCCCUGACUUGCUUGGAAAACUGCAGGGAACAGCUAAGAUCCCUGCCGAGGGCUGGCCAGGAGGACGAGCAGGACGCACACAUGGCCUCCCUGGCCAGCAUGGAGAGCGCACUUGUGAGUGCCAUGCAGGCCCUGCAGCAGUGGCCAGCCUCUGCAGAUGGCAGAGCCGAGAUGCAGCUAGAGGAGAACAGGCAAGUGGCCGCACAGCAGCUGCCCCACUGGCCUGAGCUGACCAAGCAGGAGCAGGUGAAGCUGCUGUCUGAUCAAAUAGCUCUGGAGGCCGCAUUGAUCAACCAAAUAGCAGACUCUUUAAAGAAUACAACGUCAGAUAUCUCUCGAGUUCUCCACGAGAUUUCUCAGGCUGGAAAUUUGCUGCUGGAGUCUGAAGGUUCCACGGUCUCUGCUGGGGCUCCAGCAGAUGCCUGGGCCAAGAAGGUGCUGGUGGAUGGAGAAUUCUGGAGCCAGGUUGAGUCCCUGAGUAAACACUUGGGGACGCCGGGAGGAGCAGCAGCUGGUGCAUCAGCAGGCAGGCAGCAGAAUGUCCUACAAGGCCUGGCCGACGCCACGUGGGUCAGGGCAGAGCUCAGCUUUGCCCUGCAGUCAGUAAAGGAGGCAUUCCACCGUAGGUUACAGAGCGUCCAGGAGACCCUGCAGGGGACCCAGAUGGCCCUGCGCCAACACAAGUGUUUGUUGGGGGAAAUCCUGGGAGCCUACCAAACCCCAGACUUUGAGAGAGUGAUACAGAAGGUGUCGGAAGCCCUCAGGCUUCCAGUAGGCACCGAAGAUGGUAUGCAGAUGUCCUGGGACCUGAGCCCGCUAGAAGUACUGAGUCAAGAUGCAGGUGGCUCCCAGGAGCACUUAAAUUUGUCUGACCAGAACUCUGGGGCCCUUGUUGCUAUUCAGGAAGAGCUUGCACAGCAGCUGAAAGAGAAGGCCAGGAUCUUAGAGGAGAUAUCAGCUGCCCUGCCGUCUCUGCCACCUGUGGAGUCUCUAAGAGAUUGUCAAAAGCUUCUUCAGGCUUCCCAGAAUCUCUCAUAUAAUACUUGUUUGGGAGGCCUCGGUCAGUAUUCUUCAUUAUUGGUUCAAGAUGCAAUUAUUCAGGCUCAGGUGUGUUAUGCAGCCUGCAAAAUCCGGCUGGAGUAUGAAAAGGAGCUCCAGUUCUACAGGGAGUCCUGGCAGACCAGGGCGGCCUCCUGCCGGGAACAGAUGCAAGCUUUCAGGCCCCUGAGGGAGGAAUACGAGGAACUACUUCGCAAGCAGAAGAAUGAGUACCUGGAAGUGAUUGCCAUCGUUGAAAGGGAAAAGGCAGAGCUCAAGACCAAGGUCACCCAGCUGGACCAUCAGCAGAGGUGUCUGGAAGAAGUAGAAAGCCAGCACAGUGAGAACAUGUUCGCUCUGCAAGGGAGGUAUGAGGAAGAGAUCAGGUGCGUGGUAGAGCAGCUGAACAGGACCGAAAACACGCUGCAGGCUGAGCGCAGCCGGGUCCUGAGCCAGCUGGAUGCCUCUGUCAGAGAUAAACAGGACAUGGAGCGGCACCAUGUGGAGCAGAUGCAGACCCUGGAGGACAAGUUCCAGCUCAAGAUCAAGGAGCUGCAAACAAUCCAUGAGGAAGAGCUGAGGACCUUGCAGGAGCACUACUCGCAGAACCUGCAGUGCUUGCAGGAGACCCUCAGCCUCUACCAGGGGCAGCAUCCUGGAACCCUGCCAGCCCCCUCCUCCAGCUGGCAGGAGCCCAUGGGUGCUCCACAGACAGCCGAGGGGCAGGCUGACUCCAUGAUGGGUCUUAGAGAGCGUAUCCAGGAGCUAGAGACCCAGAUGGACAUCAUGCGGGAGGAGCUGGGCCACAAAGACCUGGAUGGUGAUGCGGCCACACUGCGGGAGAAGUACCAGAGGGACUUUGAGAACCUUAAGGCCACGUGCGAGCGAGGAUUUGCAGCAAUGGAAGAAACACACCAAAAGAAGAUCGAAGACCUGCAGAGGCAGCACCAGCGGGAGCUGGAGAAGCUGCGGGAGGAGAAGGACCGCCUCCUGGCCGAGGAGACUGCAGCUACCAUCUCAGCCAUCGAAGCCAUGAAGAACGCCCACCGGGAGGAAAUGGAGCGUGAGUUGGAGAAGAGCCAGCGGUCCCAGAUCAGUAGCAUCAACUCAGACAUCGAAGCCCUGAGGCGACAGUACCUGGAGGAGCUGCAGUCGGUGCAGCGGGAGCUGGAGGUCCUCUCGGAGCAGUACUCACAGAAGUGCCUGGAGAACGCCCACUUGGCCCAGGCACUGGAGGCCGAGCGGCAGGCCCUACGGCAGUGCCAGCGUGAGAACCAGGAGCUCAAUGCCCACAAUCAGGAGCUGAAUAACCGCCUGGCUGCAGAGAUCACACGGUUACGGACGCUGUUGACCGGGGACGGUGGCGGGGAGGCCACUGGCUCGCCCCUCACACAGGGCAAGGACGCCUAUGAACUGGAGGUCUUAUUGCGGGUCAAGGAGUCGGAAAUACAGUACCUAAAACAGGAGAUCAGCUCUCUCAAGGACGAACUACAGACAGCACUGCGGGACAAGAAGUACGCUAGUGACAAGUACAAAGACAUCUACACAGAGCUCAGCAUCGCGAAGGCAAAAGCAGACUGUGAUAUCAGCAGGUUGAAAGAGCAGCUAAAAGCAGCUACCGAAGCACUGGGGGAAAAAUCCCCCGAGAAUACUGCUGUGUCUGGAUACGAUAUAAUGAAAUCUAAAAGUAAUCCUGACUUCUUGAAGAAAGACAGAUCCUGUGUCGCCCGGCAACUCAGAAACAUCAGGUCCAAGAGUCUGAAGGAGGGCCUGACGGUGCAAGAACGGUUGAAGCUCUUUGAAUCCAGGGACUUGAAGAAAGACUAGCUGUGUCGUGUGCAGCCUGAACACGCACCCUUCCUGGCUUGCGGCAGCACAACCCAAGCGCUACUUUUUUUCUGUACCUUUAUUUUUUGUUAUCGUUAUUACUGUCAUCAUUAACUGUGGGUACGGAUGCAUGAGAGGCUGGCUUAUGGGUUGUUCACACCAAUCCCUGCCGUGUUGAUUCUGACUUCCUGUCGUUUUUGUCAAAGCUUUUUUCCCAUGGUAUUCUAAAAUUAGGCAAGCAGUGGGGGCUGGGGCGGGGCCUCCCUCCUGACCAGCAUCUGUGUUAGAACCCCUUUCUUCCUGUGACACACCACACUCACUGUCAGUAUUAAGGCUCAGCAGCCUGUUGAUAAGCUAUCCCUGUCUCACCAAGAGCUGGUGAACAAACAGGGCCCGGCGGCUCCAGCCCUGCUGCAGUUGCUGAGCGCACCACAAGGUGGAUGUAGUUCCUACUAGUAGGUCAGAGAAAAAGCCACCCAGACGCCUGGCUUGGCCCGGAUCUCAGCACUGACAACUCGCUAGCUUAGCUGUUGGAGGAGGCACAAGGGCAUGGUAUAUGGCUUGACUGUACUGCCGUUCAACCUGGGAGAAGAGCAGCAUUUUGUAUAUGUUCCACUAAAGCAGCUUAGAACCACACCCCAGAUAAUCGUGGCAAACGUUUCACAACCUGGAAAAUGUUGAAAGCAACCAUUCCUAUUUUUGUUUGUUUUUUAUUAAAUCUUGCACAAAACCCCCGGCCCCUCUCCGUCCUUCCAUCCGCUCGUUCCUUUCUUGGUCUCCAGUAACCCUAUGGUCUCUUCGUAACUAUUGAGAUUGUUGACCCGCAGCCGAGGGUUUCAGACUCUGAUUGCAAAAAAAAACGGUGAAUUCCCUUGGGGAGUCAUUCAAAAGGGAAAAAGUUACUCGUUCUUUUUAUAAUCUUUCUGAAAAGAAACUUGUCAGUUGCUUUUGAAAAGGUUGAGAGGAGACCCUUGUGUUAAGUCAAGAAGAAAGUACAGAGGAUGUUGGAAUCUUGUGAGACCAGCCCAUGAGUACAUGCUCAACACUCUUAACUCUGACUUAAUUAAUCUGAGCUUUGAAAAGUUCUCUUGCAGCUUUUACCAUUAAAACAGCCUCGUUAAAGUAAACCAAUACUAACAAUUUUGCUCAUCCUAAUAAUUUUGCUUUUUCAAACAGUUUGAGCAAGACCUUUUUAACUGCCACAAAACAUUCUACAGCAUUUCUUGGAAAUCUUUUACAUUGGAGUUGCUACAAUGAAAACCAUUAAUCCCAUUAAGAUUAGGAGCACAAAGAAACCUCUAGCUGAGUGAGAACCAGUACUGCUUCCUUGAGGAGUGUGGUGGGAGUGUUUGGAGGAGCUCCUGGCCUCCUGGAUCCGUUGGUUUUGUUGCCAGGAGCUCACUUUCACUUUGUAUCAAUGCUCGAGUGAGUUUGAUGGUCUCCGUAGAUGUUUUGGGGGUAAAAAUGUUGAAAUCAUCUUGCUCAGUUCCCAGAUUAAGUCACUGAACAAGGUCAUCUGGGAAUACUCUGACCCCACCCCCAGUGGGUGGAAGGGCUGGAUGGAAGGCCCUGGGCUUUGGUUUAAGACUCAGGUCUAGCAUACUCUCUUCUCAGUGGAGUGGCUCUGUGCUCUCCAUGGGCAUAGAGCCUUCCCACACCUGUCACUCUUUUGUUACUAUUCUUCCAUGUUUUUAAUAACAAGAGAAAAGUAGAUCUGUUUUAAAAUGUACUUAUCAGGACCCCUCCUCCGUCCAAUUUAGAUUGGCAGCACUUUGAGAUCGAGACCGUGUAUGCCUUUUGUUUGAGCUCAGAAUGGGAAUGUGCACAAGGAUCGUUCGGGACUCCGCUGUCCCCCAUCACUGCUGACAUUUGGCAGGAUCUGGCUGGAGGGAGGUGUUUGUUGUUACCUGGUCUCUGGGCACUGCGAUUCUGUGUCAUUCUCUGAGGACUGCUGCCUCGCUGCCUGCCCUGCUGUAGUAUAGUUUCCUUUGUGACUGUCCCUGUUGCCGUGGGGACCCUCUGGCCUUUCUGCAGGCAGCUCCCUGCCUCCACCCUCCUGGAGCUCUGGACAGAGUCCCUCCAGGGCUCUGCACAGAUAUAGGCUCCUUCUGCCUUCAGACCUCAUAGUGCUGUAAAUAAAGGCAAGUUUGCCGAUAGGUCAAGGGAGCAUUUUGUUUUUCUUCAUCACUCACCCCUUGAGGCUGGACCUCCAGAACCCUAGGAAGCGAGUGUAACAUUUUGGGAGCUAGAGGCAGAGAUAGGGCAGACAAGGCAAGCUGGCCCUCAGUGAAGGCCCCUGUGUUUGGCUAGAGAAAACAGGACUCACUACCCCAGGGCUGGCUUAGUGUGGGGUGUUACCAGGAUACGGACAGUGAAUGCUAAGCCAGCAGAGAGGGGACACUCUGGCUCCUUUCUAACAAAAGGCUGCUCGGCUACAGCUCCCCAAACACCCUGCGCCUGCCCUGGCAUUUCAGAGUGUAGUCUCACAGGGCCAGCUGCUGCCUGGGUCAGGACAGGUCUGAGUUUCCUGCUGGUGGUUCUGUCCUCCAGCUGGAGUGACCAGCAAGAAAGAACAGAGAAGUUCUUCAUGGAACACCUGGAUGUGUCCCGGGAGCACAGACUAUUGCCCCAAGUGGCAGCACUGACACCAAUGCUGACAACUGCCUCAGGCUGUCCCCACCACACAGUCCCCUCGCUGCACAGGGAGCCCCUCACUGUACAGUCCUCACAGUGACCUUCCACUCCCUCCCUGCAUCCAAAUCCCCUGGAAAGGAAUUUAACCAUCGGAAUUCCAGAAAGAAGAAAGAAUAAAAAUGUAGGAGGCAGAACUGGUUUCUGUAUUGGUAGAGAAAGGACCUUCUUAGGUGGCUGCUGCAGGCAGUGGGCUGUAAACAGGAUUGUGUAGGUGUUGGGACCCGAUGGGUCUCAGGCUGCUCCCAGCAAACCAAGCAGUGGUGUCAAAAUAGACUUCACCAUUUUAAUUAAUCUCUUAUAAAUAUAUUCAUUUGUAAUCUGCUAGCAUCUGUAAGUAAGCCAUGCCAAACACAAUGGGAAAACUGAACAGUUUGACUUCGUUGGACAGUGUUUUUAACAUAUGCAUAAAUUACAUUGUGUCAGAGAGGAUCCUCCUUUUGGAGCCAGCAGGUACAAAGGCAAAAGAGAACAAGGAAAGACACGCCACACUCGGAGCUGAGGGAAGACUCAGCAAGGAUCUGGUUCUGCAGAGCGGUGGGAGCCAGUCACUCGCUCAUAGCCCAACCGCACGUGCAGGCCAGACUCAGGAAGUGGGAGUUGCCGUGAGCCUCAGACUGCCUGGAAGGAACACUGCCAGAUAAGACUAGGAAACAAAACUGAAGGCUUGAAAAACAGUCUUAUGGAAUGUAUUUACUGCCAUUCGUGUCACUGCAGAGGGAGACGAAUACCUAACGUGUGCCACAUGGGAAUACACUGAGAAGGCAGCUGCUGGUGUAGAGGGGGCGGGACAGCAGUGCAUGCUGGCUAUGGCAUGCGCUGCACACAUCUGCAGGGCCCAGGGGCAAGUGCCUGCCUCAGGAUGCAUGUGUGGGGUCUCCAUGGACUCCAGCCAGUGCAGCAGUACUGGCACCCAUGGGCACACCACCUACACCAACCAGCAAUCCAUUUCUUCUCUGUUCCUUGCUAAUGUCCCCCUGGUUACUGAGCUGGGAUGAGCAACCCCAGGUCCCGUGUGACCUACUGGGCUGAGAAUAUGGAGGGUGGCAUCAUUUCAGGGUUGGGGGAAGCUGUGCUGUUCCUUACACCUGUGUGUGAACUUUCUGUGCCAGCCACACACCAGCUUUCUUUAUGCCGCUCCCCACUGACUGGUCUACGUUCUAAGAGUCUCCACGUGAGUGAAAAGAGUGCAGCCCAUCGCCAUCUAUUUUUCCUGAAAAUAAAAGUUUGCUCAUCACACUCUUAAAGAAGCUUGGAAUUGAAGACCUUUUUAUAAGACAUAAUCAAAAAAAAAAAACAAAAAAGCCUGUGACCCUUUUGUUACCAAAAAAGGGGGAUAGUAAGUAUUUUCAAAGCUUUGCAAAGGACAGGGAAGUAAGUGUAUGAUACUGUAUUUCAAAGGAGUUCAAUGUUAAAAUUUCAAAGAAAGGUUUGGCAUUUUAAUGAAAAGCUUUACUUCCCUGGAAACAUUCAGAAUAAUUCACACCUUGAAAGUCCUGGAUAGUUGGGUUGUCACAGCUCGUGCCCAAGGAACCUGCUUACAAACAGAUUUGAACGCUGCUCUGCUGUCCACGUUGGAGCCCUGGAAGGACACGGCAGAGAUGCAGCACCCAGCCUUGGACACCUGCCCCUCCCGCGUGCCACGCCAGCCCUGCAGUUCUCAGUGCCCUGGCAAAACAGACUUGGGAAGAAAUCUACUGAGAACUUACGUAUUCAACAGGUCUUUAAAAUGAAGGUAUUUGCGUACUUUUUUCCAUCUUGCAUCUUUAGGCUUUUCCUGCUGGCAUUCUUCCUAAGAGCAGUUCCUAGACUGCCUGGUGCAAGCAUCUCCCUCAGUAUGCGAAUACGAAGUCCCUGCAGGGUCUCAUGUACAGGUACACUCCUGGCUUUUUCAGUCACCAAACCCUUAACCUUAACUGUAAACUCAGAUACUAGAUUUUUAAUCUUAUGAAAGGUCAUCAAGUCAAAAGGUGACGCCCACCAUUGUUCUCGACCCCAAGUAGCAGGAAAGCCUGAGAUGCACGUUCCUCCUUUCCGAGCACCUACAGCGACUUAUUCUCUAGACUGCCCUUUUGAAGUGGCUGUACACAGCACUUAUGUACAGUUUUGUAUAUUUACACACAUGUACAAACAACUUCCAGCAAGGUCAUACAUCCCACAGUUGAAAACAGUAAGGAUCGGCCUGACGUGAGGUUUAGUAAAACCACUUGCUUUAGGUUCUGUAAUAGGGAACAUGCGACAUAAGCCCCGUGUGAAAGGAACAUUCUCAGUUUCUCACACGUUUUGUCUGCCAUGGAAGAGGCCCUGCCUUUUUUUUUUUUUUUUUUUUUUUUUUUGCUUUCUUUUGUUCUUUUGAGGAUGAGUUUCAAAUAUUCUUGUUUCUCUAUAAAGGGAAGAUGGCUCCCUUUCUGAAAUCCUUCAACAAAAGCGAAGACGCUUAGCAGAGUAGGGGAGUUAACAGCUAAAACCUAAGUCGUCCCUGUAGGUGGAGCGGGUUACUACCUGUGUGAACACACUACGGGCCAGAGUCCUCCCAGCGUUCAUAUACAGUACUUUGAACAGUAGAGCUACUGCAUGCUCUGUGUAGCCUGCAAUUUCUCUGUAUUUACAAGCAGCUGUGUUUAUUUUCUUCCAAAUAACCUGUAUAUUAUUCAGAGCAAGCAGUGUAAAUAUUACUAAAGUUACUGCAGGGAUUUUUGUGACAAAGUUUGUGUGAGUCUUUUUAAAAAUCUUACACAGAUGUCCCUUUUUAAGGUGGGGGGAACAGCUUUGGGUACAAUGUUGAACCCCACCCAGCAUUAUAAGGAAAUGUCUUUAUUUAUUUAAUGACUCUUGUAUCUUUUUAAAAGCUUUGGUCAUUUAAGAGAUGGUUUUAAAGAACGUAUACGAUAUCUACAGUAAGGAUAACCCUGGAUUCAUGAACUGUUUUUCAUCGAAAGAAUUGUCAUAGCUGUUCUUGGUAGAGCCAUUCAAAGUCCUCAAGUAAAAUCAGGAAAGUGAAGACAACAGUAGUUUCAUCUUCACCAGACUGUUUCGCAUAGUGACUUAAGAUUUGUAGGGAGACUUGGUUUAUGGCACAGUUCUGGGAUCAGGGGUCUAAAUACGUAGUUUCUGACAACUUUAAGACGACUCACUGGGCAAGCUGUGUGCAAAGCAGCUGAGCUGUGUGGGUUCCCCAGGUUUUGGUUAUAUUGUGUAAGUCCUUGGAGGUUGCAAAACUUGAAAUGUGUCUUACUUCAUAAGAUGUAUUUUUGUUAAAUUGUUAAGGAGACAUUUAGUCACAGAAGUGUGAAGAAUUGGACAAUCCAGUACCAUAGGAUGACCUGGGGGGAUGUUAAGUUCCAGGUGAGUGUAAUACAGUGGCGAGCCUCAGAAUGCAGCUGCGGUGGCGGCGGGGGGGCCUUCCCUGGGCUGCGGUGGGAAUUCACCAUAAAGAAUGAAGUUUUGGAAAAGUAGUUGUCAUCACAUACAGACAGCCCACCUGCAGCCUGCCAUGGUCAACAUGCCCGUUGCUUUUUCCACCUUUAGAAGUUAGUUGUAUCACAAAUGUAGUUUUAUUUUAUAGAAAGCUAGGAAUAUUGUAAACAACACUAAAUUCACUAUUGUGUUAUGUUUAUGUCAUAGAACUUCAAUUAAAAUGGAUUAAAAGGAUUUUAGGAUUUACCUUUAGUGUUUACAACUUAUCUAUUGACUUAUUUGUUAGGAUUCAAAACCACUUAAGUGAUAAGAAUUAAUUCAUGUGGUUUUCCUAAGGUAAUAUUUAUAAAAUGUAAAGUAUUCAAGUGGCUCCUCAAAAAUUACAAUUCUUAAUGGUUUUUCUCACAAAUAUACCCUUCUAUCAAGGUGAAUGUCUCAAUUCAGAGACUAGACAUACUAUGCCAAACUGCUGAGGGAGCUGAUACGCGAACAGAGUGGAAUGUAGGUGAUUUCUGUCUGCUGUGUGUGACAGGCUCGGAAAUAAUUAACAGAAUCACUUCUGCCACAGCUAAGUAUUUCAAUAGUUGCAUGAUAAAUGUUCAAAGGACAAGUUUGUAUAAUUUUAAGUGGUGUUUAAUUUCUGUUCUAAUACUAAGUGGUAAUGCUCGCCAGACCAAAAAUUACAUGCAGAAGAAAACAGGCCUGAGCCAGGAGGGCUGAGCCUCCCCAGGUGCCAGCUCGGGUCUCAGGUCUGAGAUGGCUCCUGGACGUGGAGCACUCCGGGGUCAUCUUCUGUCAGACUGCAGUGUCCUGAAGAGAAAAGCCUGGCUAGCUGAGCUCUCUCUCUCUUUUUUAAACAAGGUUUGUGAUCAACUGUUCACUACAAUUAAAGUAUUACUUUGUCAAAAUAUUUUUUCCUUUGUGUGUGCUAGAUUUCCAUGGAUGUAGCUGGUCAUUUUUAUUUUGUAAAUAUUACCUAACUUUACAUAAACUAUAUCGUAAUAAACUAUUUUUCCAUCACCCUUUG